GGCUCCAUCAUCCUCUGCUGCUGAAGGAGCCGUCGUGCUGGAGAGACGCGGCAUCUCCUCCUCAUGCCCGACGACUAGCCCGGAUCUUUACCGACAACCGGAGGGACUAAAGCAAGGCAUCAUGGCCAAACACCGACCCGAGAGAGACAGCUGGGGCUCCCUCAGCGACAAGAACGUGUACGACUGGAGCUCGGAGGAGGAGGAGCCGGACGGCCGGGCCCGGCCCGUGCAGGUGCUGCUGGUCAAGGACGACCACACCUUCGAGCUGGACGAGGCGGCGCUGAGCCGCAUCCUGCUGGCCCAGGAGGUCCGGGACCGAGAGGUGGUGGCGGUGUCGGUGGCCGGGGCCUUCCGCAAGGGCAAGUCCUUCCUGAUGGACUUCAUGCUGCGCUACAUGUACAACCACGCGUCGGAGAGCUGGUUCGGAGACGGAGACGAGCCGCUGACCGGCUUCUCCUGGCGGGGAGGAUCAGAGAGAGAAACCACCGGGAUCCAGAUCUGGAGCGAAGUCUUCCUGGUGGACAAACCUGACGGCAGAAAGGUUGCUGUGCUGCUGAUGGACACGCAGGGAACGUUUGACAGCCAAUCGACGCUCAGGGACUCGGCCACCGUGUUCGCGCUGAGCACCAUGAUCAGCUCCAUGCAGGUUUACAACAUCUCACAGAACGUGCAAGAGGACGAUCUUCAGCACCUGCAGCUUUUUACCGAGUACGGCCGGCUAGCGAUGGAGGAGACGUUCCUCAAACCAUUCCAGUCCAUGAUCUUCCUGGUUCGGGAUUGGAGUUUUCCGUAUGAGUUUCCCUACGGACAGGAGGGAGGCAUGAAGUUCCUGGAGAAGAGACUGAAGAUCUCGGAGAACCAGCACGAAGAGCUGCAGAACGUGCGUAAACACAUCCACUCCUGCUUCACCAACAUCUCCUGCUUCCUGAUGCCUCACCCCGGCCUCAAGGUGGCCACCAACCCGCACUUCGACGGCAGGAUCAAAGAGAUCGAUGGCGAGUUCAUAAACAACCUGAAGGUUCUGGUUCCGUGGCUCCUCAGUCCCCGUAACAUCGACGUGAAGGAGAUCAACGGCAGUAAGAUCACCUGCAGAGGUCUGGUGGAGUACUUUAAGGCGUACAUCAAGAUUUACCAGGGGGAGGAACUGCCACACCCAAAGUCAAUGCUCCAGGCCACAGCAGAGGCGAAUAACUUGGCAGCGGUCGCGGCGGCGAAGGAUCUGUACAACAAGAAGAUGGAGCAGGUCUGUGGAGGUGACCGGCCCUUCCUGGCGCCCAGCGAGCUGCAGGCGCGGCACGCCGCCAUCCGGGACGAGGCCCUGCAGCUGUUCCGCGGCGUGAAGAAGAUGGGCGGCGAGGAGUUCAGCCGCCGCUACCUGCAGCAGCUGGAGGCCGAGGUGGACGAGGUCUUCGUCCAGUACAUCAAGCACAAUGACUCCAAGAACAUUUUCCACGCCGCCCGCACGCCGGCCACGCUGUUCGUGGUGAUCUUCGUCAUGUACGUGGCGGCCGGCAUCACGGGCUUCGUGGGCGUGGACAUCAUCGCCAGCCUGUGCAACAUGAUCCUGGGGCUGGCGCUGAUCACGCUCUGCACCUGGGCCUACAUCCGCUACUCCGGAGAGUACCGCGAGCUGGGAGCAGUCAUCGACCAGGUGGCCGGCGCGCUGUGGGACCAGGGGAGCACGAACGAGGCUCUCUACAAGCUGUACAACGUGGCGGCCAAUCACAGGCACCUGUACCACCACGCCUUCCCCGGGCCUCAGAUGGACGAGGCGUCCGAGGACGAGGACAGGAAACGGGACUGAUUAACGGCCGAACACGGCAGGGACUUAACUCGGGGAGGAGGGGGGGAACCCUCAACCCACCAGGCGCUGGUUUAUUCUGCUGCCGACCGGCACACACCGCCAGUGGAGUCACAACUUAAGUCUUUAUUCUACGUAACGGGUUCCGGUCCAGAGUCGGAUGCAGCGCGUCAUCGUCUCUUCACGUCUUUUAUCAUGUACAGACGCCCAACUCCAGUCAGCUGUUUCCUUCACCAGACGGGAGUUGUUUCAAUCAUUUGUUUGCAGGCGAUUAUUUUAAAAAUCAUAGCCAAAUCUGUAAGGAAAAAAACAACAAACAUUUGUGAUGAUUGUUUUGUUCUUUCGAGUUUAGUGCCGUUUGUAGGCAGAAGCCAAAAUAUGUACCGUGUUCACCAAUGAAGCAGCCAUACGCAUGGUAAAUGUUCAUGUUUGUCAUCUUUAAGCUCUAAAAUCAACGUUACUUCAUAAAAAAAAAUGUUUUGAUGGUUGUGACAAAGUGGUAUUGUGCCAUAUCAUGUAAAAGUAAUUUCAUCAUUUCUUCACUGCAGCCAGGCGCUAUAGGAGGCGCGUUUGUUGGUCAGUCGCGCGUCAGGGAGGUACGGAAGAGUAUCAGGGCCAUGCAGGAGAAAAUAUAUUUGAGAGGGGAAG